GUGAACCUACUAAGAUUGUUCCACAGCCUAAUGUGAAGAAGGCAUUUUUGGAUGAAUUGAAAGCUGAGAACAUCAAGAGGUUCUUAUAGUAUACGUUGAAGGGAUAUAGAGACACCUCAGCUGCCUGUUAAGAUUGUGUAUUUCUGUUACUACAUUUUGUAAAUAUGCAUUAGAAACUUUGUGUAAGAGGUUGUAUGGGAGCAAGAAUGACCUGUGCCCUUCAAGGUCCUUCUACCAGGACUAAGAAUCAAAUUGACACAAACAGAUUAACAGGAGGAAAUCAAAUUUAAUAGCAUACGUACAGGGAUUCCACACAGACAUGGAAAUUCCAAAGCAGGACAAAAUGAGUAUACAUGUCACCCUGAACUAAGAAGUGGGUAGGGAUCUGAGACUUCAGGUGAAAGAAAUGUGCUUCACAGGGCAAUGAGAAAAACAGAUGUUUGGUAAUAGAUGUGUGCCCUGCCUAUACAGAGGGAUCACCCAGAUCAAAUUUAUCUCUGCUAGUAACCCUUAUUUGGGGAAAGACCACCAGUCUCGAUUCUCCUGUGUUGUUAAGGGACGGACAAAACUUUCUUUUGAGCCUGUAGGGUCUUGAUUGCCUUCAGCUCAGAAUAAUCAUGCCACAAUGGCCCAUCUUGGGGCAGCCCACCUUUGGCCCCUAGGGUGUUAAGCCCUUAAACAUUUUUUGAAUGAGGAUUUUAAUACCAUCUUUGUAAACAUAACUUAAAUUAUUUUAAUGGAGUUAUAAAAAUUAACAAAAACUCCCAUUUUUUUAAAAAAAUUGGAAGUUAUUCUUGGCAGUUGAUUUUUCAGUCAAAAAUUCAGAUACACAGUAAAAUUAAGUAUUUGAAGGUGGAAUCAUCAUAGCCAUGUUACCUAUUUAUUAGUUUGUUUUUCUUUUAAAACUCACUAUACGGAUGGACAUGUGCUAAUUUUAGGAAGACCUACAUAUUCAGAACCAGAAGUUCAUGAAGCUCAAGAAGUUCAUGAUCUAGAAAUAAAUAUCUUUUUAUGAUACGUGAUGCAUUGUCAUAUGGAUUUUUUUUCCUUUAAGUGGUUUAAGAUGAAAAUACAAAUGAGCUGAAUUUUCAGAGAAACAACACAUUUCCACAAAAGAAAAAUUUAAACAAAAAGCACCACUCUAUAGAUAUAUUAAACGAGAGAUUAAUAAACUCAUGACAAUAUUUUUGGUGGCUAAAAUUUUGGCUGCAUAGUUUAUUAAUUAAAGAUAUUCCUGGUCAGGCUAAUUAUCAUCAUUGAUUUUUAAGUGUAUUACUAUGCAUGAUGAAUGGAGUACAAGAGAUUCAGUCUGAACUUGUGUAAAUAUUUUUAGAUUAUUCCUUAAUGAAAAUACUUUAUACAGGUUGCUAAUCAAAAGGUUUCUCACUUGGCUCUAACUUUCAGUCUUUAAAAAUAAAUGUGAUUAUCAAUCAUUCUUGGCACGUCACAGCUUGGUAUUUUGUAGGAAAAUAAUUUUUACCUCCCAAAUAUAUUUUACACAGUGAAAUAAAGAAAUAAUUCCAUAAAAGUUAUAAGAUGCAUGAGUCUUAAGGAAAGAUAUGAUACUUUCCUCAUUUACUAUAUGGGGACACGUCCAAAGGAUCGCACAUAACAAUUCUCUACAAAGAUCAGUUUCUCCAGUUUUUCCUUUAAUGAAUACAAAUUACAGAAUGAAACCUUCAAAAUACACUUUGAGGAUCUAUUUGAUGCAAUAAUAGUGCUGCUUUGUUUUUUUUUUAACGUAUCACAUUUCAAAGCAAUUUUUAGAUGUAAAUCUGCCUUACUUGGUUGUUCAUUUGGGAUGCUGGCUGACUAAACAUUAAUUUCUAACCACUUUCAAUUUUUGUUCACCAGUAAUUUUACACGGAUGCCACAUUUAGCAGGAACAGAACAAAACUUUCAGCUUGCAAAGCAAAUUCAAUCCCAGUGGAAAGAAUUUGGCCUGGAUUCUGUUGAGUUAGCCCAUUAUGAUGUCCUGUUGUCCUAUCCAAAUAAGACUCAUCCCAACUACAUCUCAAUAAUUGAUGAAGAUGGAAAUGAGAUUUUUAACACAUCAUUAUUUGAACCACCUCCUCCAGGAUAUGAAAAUGUUUCAGAUGUUGUGCCACCUUUUAAUGCCUUCUCCCCGCAGGGAAUGCCAGAGGGUGAUCUAGUGUAUGUUAACUAUGCCCGGAUUGAAGACUUCUUUAAACUAGAGAGGGACAUGAAAAUCAAUUGCUCUGGGAAGAUUGUGAUUGCCAGAUAUGGGAAAAUUUUCAGAGGAAAUAAGGUUAAAAAUGCCCAGCUGGCAGGGGCCAAAGGAGUCAUUCUGUACUCAGAUCCUGCUGAUUACUUUGCUCCUGGGGUGAAGUCCUAUCCAGAUGGUUGGAAUCUACCUGGUGGUGGUGUCCAGCGUGGAAAUAUCUUAAAUCUUAAUGGAGCAGGGGACCCUCUCACACCUGGUUACCCAGCAAAUGAAUAUGCUUAUAGACGUGGAAUCACCGAGGCUGUUGGUCUUCCAAGUAUUCCCGUUCAUCCAGUUGGAUACUACGAUGCACAGAAGUUCCUGGAGAAAAUGGGUGGAUCAGCACCGCCAGACAGCAGCUGGAAAGGAAGUCUCCAAGUGCCCUACAAUGUUGGCCCUGGCUUUACUGGAAACUUUUCUACGCAAAAAGUCAAGAUGCACAUCCAUUCUAACAAUAAAGUAACCAGAAUAUACAAUGUGAUCGGAACUCUCAGAGGAGCAGUGGAACCAGACAGAUAUGUCAUUCUUGGAGGUCACCGUGACUCAUGGGUGUUUGGAGGCAUCGACCCUCAGAGUGGAGCAGCUGUUGUUCAUGAAAUUGUGAGGAGUUUUGGGACACUGAGAAAAGAAGGAUGGAGACCUAGAAGAACGAUUUUGUUUGCAAGCUGGGAUGCAGAAGAAUUUGGUCUUCUUGGCUCUACUGAGUGGGCAGAGGAGAAUUCCAGACUCCUUCAAGAGCGUGGUGUGGCCUAUAUUAAUGCUGAUUCUUCUAUAGAAGGAAACUAUACUCUACGAGUUGAUUGCUCCCCACUGAUGUACAGCUUGGUAUACAGCCUAACAAAGGAGCUCCAAAGCCCUGAUGAAGGCUUUGAAGGCAAAUCUCUUUAUGAGAGCUGGAAUGAAAAAAGUCCUUCCCCUGAGUUCAGUGGCAUGCCCAGGAUUAGCAAGUUGGGAUCUGGUAAUGAUUUUGAGGUGUUCUUCCAAAGACUUGGAAUUGCUUCAGGCAGAGCACGGUACACUAAAAACUGGGCAACAAACAAAUUCAGGAGCUAUCCACUGUAUCACAGUGUCUAUGAAACGUAUGAACUGGUGGAGAAGUUUUAUGAUCCAACUUUUAAGUAUCACCUCACUGUGGCCCAGGUUCGAGGAGGGAUGGUGUUUGAACUGGCCGAUUCCACAGUGCUCCCAUUUGACUGUCGAGAUUAUGCUACAGUUUUAAGAAAGUAUGCUGACAAAAUCUACAAUAUUUCAAUGAAACAUCCUCAAGAAAUGAAAAAGUACAGUGUGUCAUUUGAUUCACUUUUUUCUGCUGUGAAGAAUUUUACAGAAAUUGCUUCUAAGUUCAGUGAGAGACUCCAAGGCUUGGACAAAUACAACCCAAUAUUAUUGAGAAUUAUGAAUGAUCAAUUGAUGUUUUUGGAACGAGCAUUUAUUGAUCCUUUAGGAUUACCAGACAGGCCUUUCUAUAGGCAUGUCAUCUACGCUCCAAGCAGCCACAACAAGUAUGCAGGGGAGUCAUUUCCAGGAAUUUAUGAUGCUCUGUUUGACAUCGAAAACAAAGAUGAUCCUUCCAAGGCCUGGGGAGAAGUGAAGAGACAGAUUGCUAUUGCAGCCUUUACAGUGCGGGCUGCAGCAGGGACCCUGAGAGAAGUAGCCUAGGUGGUUCUUCAGAGAACCCGUGUUGAAUAGGUAGGUAUAUCACUAUGGUGUAUUGAUAAACUAAAACAUAAAACUAUGUAUAUGUAUAUGUAUAUAGACAUGCACACACACACACACAUCUUAGCAUUCUUUCUUCUUCUCCCUUCGAAUCAAAAAAAGAAAGAUGGACAAUUUUUAUCCUAUAAUAAUAAAAGGCUAGGGGCACCUGUGUGGCUCAGGUGGUUAAGCGUCCGACUUCGGCUCAGGUCAUGAUCUCAUGGUUUGUGAGUUCGAGCCCUAUGCCUUGUUUUGCGCUGACAGCACGGAACCUGCCUGGGAUUCCUUCUCUCCCUCUCUUCCUCUCUCUGCCCCUCCCCAACUUGCUCUCUCUCUCUCUCUCUCUCAAAAUAAAUAAAUAAGUAGAUAAAAAUAAUAAUAUAAAGUUAUUCUGAGUUUGAACUAAAUGUUAAAUUAAGGUGAACACCUACUAUAUUAAAACACCCAUGUGACAUUAUCAGAGAAUCAAGUCUAGUUCAACACUUGUGUUGGCCCUACUGGCCACCCAGGGCUGAGAGAGCACUGUCUUAGUGUGCCAGUGGAACAACUCUGGUCUACUCGCACUGCUGGUAAACAUAGUCGCUCUGUACCAUAAAGGAUAAUUACUUUUAUUAAAUUAGCGAAUAUUUUAUUUAUGUCAAAGGGUGUAUAUAAUAUGUGUAUAGUGAAAAAUAAUAAAGAAAUGAACAUUUGUAGAACUAUCCCCACAAAUAACCAAAUUAAGAAAAAGAACAUUACCAAUAUCUUUGACUCCUCUGUGUGCCACUGACCAGUGUGCCUUCAUCUUCUGCCAGAGAUACUCACUUCCUUUAAUCUUCUGUGAGUUUUUCUGUUAUUUAUAAUUAUACCACACAUGGUAUAUAUCCCUUGUGUGUUUUGGGCUUUGUGUAUGUUUUUUAACUGUUUAUAAAUAAAAUCAUACUGUGUAUGUAUAUUCUAAGACUUGAUUUUUUUCACUCACCUUUGAAGGUGCAUCCACACAUGUGUUACUAUGGCUGUAGUUUGCGGAUGUAAACCAAUGGGCUU